CAACACCAGGCACAACACCAGGUACUACACCAGGCACAACACCAGGAACAACACCUGGAACAACACCUGUGACAACGCCAGCUACAACACCUGGAACAACACUGGGAACCACACCAACCACUCCUCCACCAGAACUCUAUUUUUCAUGUGAAGAUUCUAUCCAGGAAACGUCUUUCCAGGCAGCUCAACUCGAUUUCAUAACUGUGGAAAUAGAAACUGGAAUACCUAUAGGCGAGAAUUCAUUGUACUCCUUCCUGACGGUCACAACAACAGGAAUUAUCCAUUUUUCCAAGCAACGUCCUACAAGAAUGAUGCUGACUCAAUUUACAAAUCCUUCCAGAUUUGAGUUAAGAGAUCUAACCGUAUCAGAUCCUGCUAUUGCCGUUUUUGGGGCACCUGUCGACGCUUAUAUUGGCAGCCCAAGGUUAUAUCAUGAGGUGUUCGAAAGCAGCACCGAUGCAAUAUUUUUCUCAGACCUGAGGAACAGACUAAGAACAUUAGUGGCAAGCCCAUGGGGCGCGGAUAACAAUGACGUCAUUAAUACGCUUAGCACUGCUGUGAUGUUUACCUGGAAGGACUUUCAACCUCCCGGUUCAACUGCUGGGGAAGAGAUGGCGACGUACCAGGCAAUAGUAUUUACUAACGGAGCAAGAACAGGCGUACUGAUGUUCUAUGAGCAAGGUAGUUUCAGCUGGAAUCCCCAAUCCAAAGCGGUUCCAGUAAGGAUUGGUUACAAUUCUAAGUAUACAUGGGUGAACCGGUUACUAGAAUCCGAUCUUAACGAAAGCUACAAACCAGACCAGUCUAUUGGAUCACAGUCAGGGACUCAGGGAGUACUGAUUUACAGACUCGACAACAACCCAAGCACAUUCGUUAACUCAGGUCUGUUUUGCUCUAACUGGUACCUCGAAGACCAAGCCACCCUCUGGCCACCCUUGUGGUUACGACUUGUAUAUACACCUCCAUGUCCGUGUUCUGUUUGGCAGGCCAAUGUUGAUCGAAGAUAUCGUUUCUGCAAUUACCUGUUUGACCAAUCAGAGCUGUCUGUGCGAAAUAGUAUUUUCUUUGGUUUCAUCUUCCCAUACUGCCAACAACACCGUUGGCUGCCUUUCGGGGGUAGCUACCGAUGUACGUACUUCUUUGGGCUUCUACCUGGCUACAUAAUCGACUUAUGGUGGAGUUCUCAUUAUGAGGCGUAUACCUACAAUUAUCAACGGUGGCUUGCAAAUGAUGUGCUCCCAAGGUAUCACUGCUGCCAAGUAGCUGAUGGAGAUUUCUGUGAUUUGUACGAGGAAAGACGCCCUCCUUCGACAUGCUCAAGAUAUAGACCUCCGCGAUCUGCAUGGUUCUGGGGCGACCCCCACAUCAACACAUUGGAUGGAAGAAUGUAUUCUUUCAAUGGUCUUGGGGAGUACAUUAUGUUGGAGUACAACAAUAACGAUACAUUCGUUCUGCAGACCAGGACUGGCAAAGCCUUCAACAAUAGCAAGCCCGUCGAAACAGGAACUGUCUUUACCGGUUUCGCUGCUACGCAGGGCACUACAGUGGUUGAGUUUUCCCUAAGUGACAACAGAACGGACCUGAGGAUUCUCAUUAACAGAACCGACGAGAUAACCGACUUUGCCGAGUUAGAAGGAGACGGCUAUGCCUCUGCAGAUUCUUCGUUUUCAUUGACGCGUGAGAAUGGAACCACUGCGGAGGAAAUCAAGGUCAAUGCUUACUUUCAGGUUGGUGACACGCCCGCUACAUCUUUCACCGUGUCCUUUUCUAACGGGAUUCUUCUCGCGACUGUUGAGGCACCGCCGGAAUACGAUGAAGAUGGACCUGGUAGAGGUCUUCUGGGUAAUUUAAAUGGCAAUAGUUCAGACGAUUUCUUGCUCCGAGACGGCACCACUCUUGAGGAUUCGCUAGCCACAAACCUCACGGACAAGGAGAUAUUUGACUUCGGACAGUCAUGGCAAGUUAGUGAGGUCGAGUCCCUGUUCGAGUACGGCAAGAGGAACUGGACCUAUUACAACCCCGCAAACUACACACCGAUUUUCCUGAGUGAUCUUCUGGCUCAAGACCCCGAGCAGACAGCUGCUGCAAGGGCGGCAUGCGGUGACGAUGAAAUGUGCUUGUUUGACUACCUUGCCGUAAGCCCAGAACUGGGAGCUAUGACUAUGGAGGCCGGGAAUACAUUUGAUGACAACCUUGCCAACCUAGAAAAUUUCCCGCCGAACGUAACUAUGAUCACUGACAUCAACAAUGUUCUGCAAAACAACGUACUUUGUGUUGAGGUUAACGAAACUGUUCAGCUGAUGUUUACGGCUGAAGAUCCUAAUGCAAACGAUAUAAUCAAUUUUACUUUAGCCGACUCUGUUCCCGACGGUGCAGCUAUCGACUCUGAGGGCCGUUUUGAGUGGACACCGUCGAGUCUCAAUGUUUCAAGGAUUGAAGUCGUGGUCAGUGAUGAACGAGGUGCACAAACGGUGGUCUCCUUUAAGGUCAAGAUCUGCGAAUGCAUGAACGAGGGAGUAUGUGACUUCAAGACCCUAGCUGUAGGCCAGAAUCUCAACGCUAAUGGAUUCGCGGUUGUCACGUGCAAUUGUACCAUCGGGUGGUCAGGUGACCAUUGUGAUGUAGAAUUUGACGCCUGCGCAGAGUCUCCCUGCUACGAGGCGGUACUAUGUAUGGACAACCCUGCUGGGGUGACGCCUGACUUCGUGUGUGGUGACUGCCCUCCAGGCCUGCAGGGGGAUGGAGAAACAUGCUAUGAUGUCAACGAAUGCCAAAGCAACACGACCAACGACUGUGAUCAGACCUGCCACAACAUCCUCAAUGGGUACUACUGUUCUUGCAACGAUGGAUUUACUCUUUCUCUGGAUACACAUUCGUGUAUAGACAACGCAGGUUGUACACCUACUGCAAUGAACAAUACUGGUUCUCCGAAUUGUACAUGUGAACCUGGUAACGAGUUUGGUAAUGGAACCUGUUCAGAUUUUGAUGAAUGUUCAGAAGGAAUUCAGAAUGACUGCCCUGAAGUUUCAACAUGUAUAAAUACAGAUGGGGACUACUUUUGUGACUGCAUGGAUGGCUAUAAUACAGUCAACGAAACAAAGUCAUGUGAAGAUAUUGAUGAGUGUGCUACUGGCAACCACAUGUGCAAUGAAAGUUUGAAUCGUGUGUGCAUGAACACCGUGGGGAACCACACCUGUAUCUGUAACAUGAAUUUUACCCUUGUCGACGGAUCAUGCAUAUCUGCUUACUCGUACACUCUGGAACUGAAUUUGGACUUCAUCAACGACAUAGCAAUCCAGCAUUAUACAGACACUGAACAAAACCGGAACCGACUAGCCAAAGAGGUGUUUGACCAGCUUAACAGUACAUCUGUUAUCGGAGAUGGGAGCCUCGCAGAUGUUAUUGUGACUAGUUAUACCGUGGUCGGUGGCAGCGCUUUCGUCGAGUUCCGGAUCGACUCGUUCAACCCUAAACUGAACGCUACCUUAGAGUCUGUGUUCACUGACUCCCUUCCACCUAGCCGAGUAUUUGGGUCGAAUAACCGGAUCGUCGCACAAGACGUCGACGAGUGCGAAGUGUUUACUGAUGCUUGCCGUAACGGGAAUUGUACGAACACCGUUGGGAGUUUCUACUGCACGUGUAACAAAGGCUUCGUGGGAACAGGAACAGAUUCUUGCAUAGAUAUAAACGAAUGUCUAGGGGAGAAUGACUGCCAGCAAAAAUGUUACAACGAGGAUGGUGGAUACUCAUGCGCAUGCCGGGAUGGAUACGAGAUGGAUGGCAAAUUUAAUUGCACGGAUAUUGACGAAUGCUCCAGGAAUUCAUCGGCCUGUGAUUCUGAAAAUGGAGGGUGUCUGAACUCAGUCGGCUCUUACAACUGUUCAUGCAAUCCUGGAUAUGAAUUAAGCAAUGAUGGCAUUACUUGCAAUGAAACUACACCUGGAACAACACCGGGAACUUCACCUGAGACAACAUCGGGAACAACAUCGGGAACUACACCAGGACCAACACCGGGAACUACACCGGGAACACCACCAGGAACAACACCGGAUAUGACACCGGGAACUACGCCGGAUACAACACCUGAAAUACCACCAGGAACAACACCGGAUAUGACACCAGGAACUACACCAGGUACAACACCGGAUACAACACCUGAAACAACACAGGAUAUGACACCAGGAACAACACCGGAUAUGACACCAGGAACUACACCAGGUACAACACCGGAUACAACACCUGAAACAACACCGGAUAUGACACCAGGAACAACACCGGAUAUGACACCAGGAACUACACCAGGUACAACACCGGAUACAACACCUGAAACAACACCGGAUAUGACACCAGGAACUACACCAGGUACAACACCGGAUAUGACACCAGGAACUACACCAGGUACAACACCGGAUACAACACCUGAAACAACACCAGGAACUACACCAGGUACAACAACGGAAACACCACCUGGAACUACACCAGGCACAACACCAGAUGUUGUGAUUUUCAUUGUCAUCACCUUCCGUAACACAUACACGAGCGAUCUCGCAGACUCAUCGUCUCUUGCGUUCAUCAAUUUGGCAAAUGCUCUCUGCAACCGUUUGAUCGAGUAUUUCCGGAGCCUGACGAAUGGCGAUAUCGUAUGCGCAGUAUUACGGUUCAGAAGCGGCAGUGUACUGGCAGAUGUUAACUUGACCUUCCCUGCUAACGACACCUCCCAGGCACAGAACAUCAUGAAUAAUGUCGGAAACGUUACCGCGGUCGAUAUAGGAAAUAUUGAAGUUGGCAAUGAAAUAUACGUCCCAACCGCCGUCAACUCAAAUGUGCUAAGUGAAUGCAAGUAG